UGUGGUUGCUCUGAGAUAAGGGCCUUAUGACCUGUAGUAAGCAGCUCCUUCUCUGACUUGAUGCCUAAGGGAAAGGGAUAAAGCCUACUUGUCUGCUAGAACAAUAAGAGGACUAAAGUCUGCUGGCUGGGGCUGGUGUUAGGACCCAGAAAGGAGACAGCAGCAACAUGAUAUAAAUAGAGUACGAGAAUGGGACAAAGUUUGAGAAGAAAGCAUGACAUCACUCAGACUUUCUCUCCACCCAAAGAGAUCUUGGAUGAAGGUGCAAACGUGAGUCAGACAAGCAAGAAGUUAGCAACUCAUUUCAAUCCAAUUCCUAAGGAAAUAGUGGGAGUUUGCCUUAUGUACAAUAAAGAGGUUUUUUUAAUUGAAGAACCAAAACUGACUUCGGAUCUUUCGCAAAGUGAAAACAGUUGAAAGUAAAAGACAACGAUAAAAAGCAAAAGUUGAAAAAUAAGAUCUCUCUUUUUUGGCACCAAUUGCAGCAGAAUUAUAUGCAUUUUUUCUGUGGAACUGUACAUUUUUGCAACUAAUAGAUUUCAUCUUAUAAUUUUGCUCCCAUCAUAGUAAUAUAUUUAUGAAUAACAAAAGGAAUCCAAGUUUGAAGGAGGCAAAUAUUUCUGAAGGAUCUGGAAGCAUAUUUUGCUGUCACUGAAGGAAUGGACAUCUUGAACCUGUGUGGAAAAUGCCUCUUUUAAAAGAAAACAAAGUGGCAAAGGAAAAUUUGUGUUUGUGAUUGAAAUCUCACAGGAAUUUGGUCUCAGUUGCACUUUUAACCUCAAAAAGACCAUGAACAAUUUGUUGUCUCUGCUCUGUUGUUAUUCCUUGCUGAUUCUAUUUCAGUCUAAAUGUCAGGUGUAUGGAAACAAUUCACGACUAUCCAAACACCCUGGAUUUGAAGUUUUACAGACAGCGUCCCACUACUGGCCCCUGGAAGAUAUGGACGGAAUCCAUGAGUUUCGGGAUACAAAUGGAGCUCUAAGAAUCCACAACUUCACUGUGCUUCCUUCCCAUAAUUCUACCUUUGUAUAUACCAAUGACUCUGCCUACUCUAACUUCUCUGCAACCGUAGAUAUUGUAGAAGGAAUGGUCAACAAAGGAAUUUACCUCACUGAACCAAAAAGAGUUACCUUUCUCAUCUUUGGAAACUCCCAAAACUCUUGCAUUAGUAAUCCAGAAAUGUGUGGACCUGAAGGAGUAACAUUUUCCUUUUUCUGGAAGACUCAGGAGCAGAAGGCUAACUUUCCCCCUGCCUAUGGUGGACAGGUCAUUUCCAGUGGUUUCAAAAUCUGCUCAAGUGAAGAUGAAGGCUCUCUGGAAUUUUAUGCCCGUGGGAAUUCAAUGAAGUGGGAGGCAAGCUUUAGUCCCCCAGGUCCUUUCUGGACUCAUAUUCUCUUCACAUGGAAAUCAAAAGAAGGCUUGAAAGUCUAUGUCAAUGGAACUCUAAACACCACCGACCCAAAUGGGAAAGUUUCCUAUAGCUACGGGGACCCCAACGCAAAUCUGCUGACAGGGACAGAGAAUGAUCAGAGCAAACGCUAUGUGAACGGGGCUUUUGAUGAGUUUAUCAUAUGGGAAAGGGCACUCACCCCCAAGGAAAUUGAACAAUACUUUACAGCUGCUAUUGGCAAGCAACUUUUGCUUUCUUCAACACCUCUGUGGCCCAUUAUGACAACCACUUCAAAUCCCAUGCUCUCCACAGAUGCUUAUCAUCCUAUCAUAACUAAAUUGACCGAGGAGAGGGGAAACUUCCAGUACCCAGGGGACCUGCUCCACUACCUGGAAAACAUGUCACUCAGUUUACCCAACAAAUCCCUGUUGGAGAAUACUGCCUUUAACCUGACAGAGGCUUUCUUGAAAGCUGUUGAAGAUUUUCUUUUGUUACACAGCUUGAUUGGCAUAUUGGAGACUGCUCCUGUGAUUGGAGGCUUAAUCGAAACAAUUGACAAUGUGAUGGUGCACAUGGCCUGCAAUCUGGGAGGAAACCCAUUCGUUGUAACCGUUGAGGGCUCAUCAACUGUAGCAGAUUACUCUUUGGUCAAAAUGCCUCCUCAGACUUUGAAUUUGUCACACUACCGCUUCCCAUCACAAGGACGGAGUUAUAUUUCUAUCCCCAGUGAAGCUUUUCAUAACAAAGCUUGGGUUACCAUUGUGGGCCUUCUUUACCAUAACAUGCACCGUUUCUUCCAGAACAUCAACCCUAUGGACACCAAGAUUGCUGAGGCUGCUGCUUAUAAAGGCUACAAGAUCUCUGCAAUGAGCUAUGUUAUUUCCCUGAAGGUGGAGCCACCACCAACCUUGUCUCAUAAUCUGUCAGGAUCUCCUCUUAUUACCAUUCAGCUCACCCAUAAAUUGACUCCUCAGCAGUACAGCCAAGCAGUGAAUGAAAGCAACAAAGUUAACCUGUAUUGUGCAUUUCUUGACUAUAGCAAUGGAAGUGCCAUGUGGUCUAAUGAAGGCUGCGUGCGUGAUAGCGGGGACCUCAACUAUUCCAUCUGCCUGUGUAACCACCUCACCAACUUUGCCAUUCUGAUGCAAGUUGUACCCCUGAAGCUGACUCCUCAACACCAGAUGGUGCUGUCAUCCAUCACUUACAUCGGCUGCUCCCUGUCCAUCUUCUGUUUGACUAUCACUCUGGUCACGUUUGCUAUUCUGUCCUCUGUCAGCACCAUGCGUAAUCAGCGCUACCACAUCCACGCCAACCUGUCCUUUGCCAUCCUGGUGGCUCAGAUCCUGCUUCUCAUCAGCUUUCAAUUCAGCCCAGGAAUGGUGCCUUGCAAAAUCUUGGCCAUUCUCCUUCAUUUCUUCUUCCUGAGUGCUUUUGCUUGGAUGCUGGUGGAAGGAUUUCAUCUCUACAGCAUGGUGAUCAAAGUGUUUGGGUCAGAAGAGAGCAAGCAUUUAUACUACUAUGGGAUUGGAUGGGGGUGCCCACUGGUGAUCUGCAUCAUCUCUACAGCUUCAGCCAUGAACUGUUAUGGAGAACAUGACAAUUGCUGGCUUUCACUGAAGAACGGCGCAAUCUGGGCUUUUGUAGCCCCAGCAUUGUUUGUAAUUGUGGUCAAUAUUGGCAUUCUCAUUGCCGUCACCAGAGUCAUCUCGAGAAUCAGCGCAGACAACUAUAAGGUGCACGGAGAUGCCAAUGCAGUCAAGUUGACAGCUAAGGCAGUUGCUGUAUUGUUACCUAUCUUGGGAAGUUCAUGGAUCUUUGGAGUUCUAGCUGUGAAUGACCAUGCAGUAGUAUUUCAGUACAUGUUUGCAAUAUUCAAUUCCUUGCAAGGAUUUUUCAUCUUCCUGUUUCACUGUCUUCUGAAUUCAGAGGUUAGAGCCGCCUUUAAGCACAAAACCAAGGUGUGGUCCCUCACCAGCAGUUCAAUUCGCAACAUCAAUGUGAAACCCUUCAACUCCGAUAUCAUGACUGGGAAUAGGCCAGGUACAACUCCUACAAAGAUGAACACCUGGGACAAGAGUACCAAUUCAGCCAAUCAGAUUGAUUUAUCAGCAGUCUGAUAUUAGACCCAGAUUCUCUCUGAAAAAUCAAGCCAUCCCUUCAGGACCUCCAAUACAGUGCCCCCCCAGGAUUUUCUCACCGUUAAUGCCAGUAGGAACUGCUCUUCUAAUCACUGCCUAAUAAAUUGGAAAUUGCCAUAUUGCUUUGCCGAGUAUGUACAAGUCUGUCUUCAUCUGCCUCCCUUCCAGGAUGUAAUGCAAUCAACCAUUAGCAAUAGCUAAUUAGCAAUAGCUGCAGAGUAACUAGCUCUACUGUACACUGGAUGGUUUUGUCAGUGACGAUGACAACACUAGGGAUGGGAAGGUUAUUGCGAUCUAAAUCUAAAGGUCACGUAUUUCAGGAAAGAUGCAUUUUUAUGCUCUGAAAAUGAAAUGCUUCCAAUUGUGAUGUUGUAACAGGACUAUUCUUGUUUAGCUGUGUACUCUCUGUUUACAUGUAAUAUCUUAAGUAAUCCAGUUAUCCCAGAAAAACUUAUUAACACCACAUACUGCCAACAGGCAUUUUAUUGGAACAUUGUAAAGAAGCCAGACCUUGAGGGAAAAAAAGAAAAAUUCCAGCCAUUCAGCCCACUCUGUAGACUUGGGACAAGUGAAGUAGAUAUACACUAGGUCUAUAUACACACAAACCAUGUGUGCACACACACAGACUGCUAACUUUUUAGAUAUUCCUUUUUCCAGAUCUGCAAUAGAUAUAAACUGCCCUGCCCUGCUCCAAUCCGCAAUGUUAGUUUCAUUUAAAGGGUGAUUUCUGUCUGAUGACAAACCAUAAUAGAAGCUAGUUGUCUCAGUCUUUCAGACAGAUCAACAAUGGUCCAUCACAUGCAUUUCACAAAUGGAAUUGAUCUGUAGCUUCUGGAAAUCAAAACCCACACUGUGACUUAUCUUUUUCCUUUUAGUGGUCAGAAUGAGACACUGAAUUCCAACAAAAUACUGUGAAGGUAGCAAGACUGAAGAUCAGUCUGUGUAUUGGUAUCUACAGACAGCUUUUAAACAGACCUCAAGACAGUCUUUUGUGGUUUAGACUCUACUCAGCAUUCAGCAGCUUUUGCUUCUAAUACAAUUAUGUAGUAUCUUCAUGGGGGGAAAAAAAAGACGCAUUUUUCAUGGGAGCAAUGUCUUCCUGGUUCUUGUAGACUGUCAGUGGGUAAUUCACCGAAGGUAGUUUGGACACACUGAGGCAGACCCUCAGCCACACUAUUAUUGUGCCCACCCAGCGGAGUUGGUGGGGAGGACAAGGUGGCUUUUGCCAUGAAUAUGCCCCUAUUAUCUUGAGGCUGACCAGGGGCUAAUUUGGCCUCAAAAACAUGCAUCUUGCUCUAUUUGCUCAGCAACAAUGGUUCCAAAGAGAACACUCCACCAACUCAGUCUGUUCAGACCAAAACGCCAUUGCAGCCACAUCUUUUCUCUUUGCCAUAUCUCUAACGCCCCCUACCCAUGCUGUCCCAUCUCACCCGGGGAUUCCCCUUCAGUAGGCAAAUCCCUAGGUAGUUUGUGCUUACUUUCCCAAUGCUUUGUGUCACCAGCUGUAAGGGGGCCGAGGAUUUGACCCAGUAUUUUCCAAGUAUCUUUCUCCACUUAAUUUAAUGUUUAUACUUUCCACAGUUAAGGCCAAGGCUGAUCCACUGAAGUCAGUGACAAUCUCCCAUUGAAGUUCGUAGAAGUUUUAUCAUUGGUUUUAGGGGACCAGGAUUUGUUCCCUAACUAACUAAAAAGUGAACCAAAUUCUGCAGUUAUUGCAUUAACUUAAAUAAAUUUACUCCAGAUUUACAUAGGCAAAACAAAGCAGAAUUUGGCCCACUGUGUCUAUCAUAAAUACUUGUAAAUACAGCCAUUUAUUAAUUCUAAACCUGUGAGCAGAAUAAUUCUAUUUUGUUGACAGCUAAAUGUAAAAGCAGGGAAAGAAGAAAGCUAAAUAUUUAAGUGUCUCUCUCUCUCUCUAUUGGCUUUUGUGCAUAGGCUUGCUCUUAGCUCUUUGAGCAUUGGAAUAAUUAUCACAAAUGUAUAAAUAUAGCAGACCCUUGUGGAAAGAGAAUGUCUGUCCCAAAAGAUACAAUAGGAAGAGCGACUGGAAUAUAUGGAAGCAGGUUAUUGUAACAGAACUGUACUGUGAUAACAGGGUUCAGAGUGUCUGUGUUGUGUGCUGAUAAAAUAUUUAAACAUAUUUUUGAUAAUGGAGGACAUUUAAAAAAAAAACCUGUGACCAUGGAUAUACAUUUUAACCCUAUUACGCGAUUUCUGUUCUAAUCAUUAUGUUGUAGUAAAAGUGAUGUUGUGAAUGAGUCAUAGAAAAUACAG